AUGAUCUCGUCAACAACUAAAACCGUUCUCACUAGACUACAGGCCUUUGGUCAUGGGGUCGUGCCCAAUCCAGAGAUCCCAACUCCGUCGUUUGCUGCUUGGGACUCGGUUCCGGCAAAACGCCGAGCCGCCGUGCUUGUUGUACUCUUUGAAACAAAGAAUCCAAUCACAAACCGAGUUGAACUGUCGACUGUUUUAACAACGCGUGCGGCACAUCUGUCGUCUUUUUCGGGGCAUGUGGCUCUACCCGGUGGCAAGGCCGACUCGGAACAAGAGACUGCUCGUGAAGCAGCUCGUCGUGAGGCUUCUGAGGAAAUAGGGUUCCCGGCAAUGCUUCCAGAAAACGACCCUAUUGUUGAUGUCGCGCGCUUCCCAGCAUACCUCUCGCGUAACCUGCUAGCUGUUGCACCAUCUAUUGCAUAUGUCCCUUCGCCAGCACAAAUACCGCCGUUAUAUGGACUGCCAGAUGUUUUACCAGAUGACCUUGAUGAAGUGUUACGCGCGGGCGGAGAGGUUGGCGAAGUUUUUAGCGUUCCUCUGCGGUAUUUUCUUUACCUCCAUCCACCCGGGUCAACACCAGGGGCUCCUCCAGGCCGCAAACCACCAGUAACGCCAUGGUACACUGGCGGGGAUGCCAUUUGGGGUGGGCUUUCGUGGUGGAUGCACCACUUUGCGGUGCGCCGACGCGUAAAUAAGCUCCCCGGAGAGCCUGCACACUUCUCCGUGUGGGGGCUUACUGCUCGCAUUCUACUGGAUGUUGCGCGUGUUGGGUACGCGCAGGUCCCGGAGAUGCGACACACGCACAAUAUUGGCGACGAGGCAUUGUUAGAAGCGCUUGUUUCUGGUGGGUACAUGGCAGUUCCACGGUCUAAGCGGGACCUAAGUUUCAACUUUGCAAAGGCUUUUGGUCGGGACUCGCCACUUCUCAAGAGUAGAUUGUAA